GCCGUUUUUCCGUUUAUAAAAAGUACUAGGGAAAAAUGCAUAAUCUAUUUUAGAUUUGUCGCUUGUCGUAUCAACUAUAGUAGUUAUUCGUAAUGUAAAGAAGCAUUUUCAUCUGUAAGGAAUAAUUUUUAUAUAUUUAUCUUCAGAACGAACCCUUAACCCCUAAACUCUGCUACCCUAGUGUUUAAAAUUGGUGUAAAUUGUGUAAAUAAGCGGGCGUGGCACAAACAAAACUGAUAAAACGACGAAAUCUGAACAUUGGCAACACUGUGCCUUGUGAGUCAAUCAGUCAAAAAAGAUAAGCAAACGAUAUAAAUAAAGCAAAACGGAGUCGUCCCCUACGUCUCAUAUUUUCGUUUGGUAUAAAGAAAUAUCAAAGUUUCUUUGUACCUUUUCAUUGAAUUAGUGAAAUUCUAAGGCAAUAUCGUCAGCUAAGAUAAGUAGUGCUUUAUAGAAUUUCGAAUACCACGUGAAAAGUUCAUGGAUCAAUAGCGUGAAAUAUAAUAGUGAAAUGACUGGUUCCUCCUCUCUUGCUCAAUGAUAAGAUUGUGAAUGAUACUCAAAACAGUCUGCAUCAUACCCAGGAAUCAUGAAUUCUAACAACCACAACCCACAUCGUAGAAAUUCCUCUAAUUUCAGUAGGCACAAUAAUAAUCACUCUAAUCGCUCUAAUCACAAUAUGAACCAUCCUCACAACCACCAGAAAUGGCCGAACAGGUACCCCAAAGAAUACAACAGGGAAUAUGAAAAUAAUUUCAACAGACGUGAAUGUUUGGUAGCAUCAAAUGGCAGUCCAAAGGAACCAAAUCAUGUGCAUGGAUUCCCCAAAAAUCCCCAACUGAGUCCCAGUUCUAGAAAUAGUCAUACACAUUACAACAAUGAGGCUCCUGGCCACCAGAACCCGCCUCGUCGCCCCGCCCACCAGCCGCCUGGCCAACCGGAGCGCCGGCAGCAGCAGCAGGCGCCGCCCCCGCCCCUCGCGCCGAACUACCGCCCCGCGCCGCCCGACCUGCGGCGCCGCCCCAGCCUCGGUGACCGGCGGCACGCGUCGCCGCCCCUGAGGGUGAAUGUGUGCGAGAACGCGGGCGGCGGUAUGGGCGGCCUAGCGCAGGCCGAGGGCGGCCAUCAGCGGGGCAUGAUGGAUUUCUCGCACGGCAGGAGGAGGAACGGCAUAGACGUGCGCGUCAGCCCCGUCCACUUCCACCCGCAACAACAACAGCACUCGCCGCCCUUCUACCGCCACCAGCUCCCCCUGCAGCCGCCCCCCCUGCAGCAGCCGCCCUCCUCUAACGAGGAGUACGUCAAGAGCGAGAGCCCGUCGUGCAAGCGCAGGCGGCUGUCGCGAUCGGGCAGGCAUGCGGAGACGGCCGCGCAGGCGCCGUCGCCGGCAGCGGGGCAGCAGGGGCCGCCCCAGAUGCAGCCGCCGCCCAGGAGGUCGCCCAGGCAGCAUCAGAGCGCCGCGUCGCAUCCGCAGAUGCAUCAUCAGGUGCCCGUCCCGAUCCCCGUCGCCCCCGACGCCGUGUGGAGCUACACCGCCUCGCCGCCGCACCUCUCGCUCUGCACCGCCCCGCCCUCGGCCCCGCCCCACCUGCGCAACUGCCACCUGCACAACAUGUACGCCGCCGCGGCCGCGCCGCUCGUCACGCCCCCCCAGCAGCAGUUUGCUCCGCCCCCCGGCUGUCUGGCCGCGCCUCCCGGGUGUCUGGCCGCGCCCCCGCCGCAUCACCAUCAGGGGUUCGCCGCGUUCGGGGCGGGCGGGGCGGGGGCGUUGUCGGUGUCGGCGGGGCAUUAUGGGCAUCAGCGUAUGACCGCGCAGCGAGCCGACCCCUUCGACCUCGACCUGCUCAACGACCCUCACCGCCCCCCUCCUCAUCCCCACCACGCCCCUCACCCCCACCACCACCACCCGCCCACGCACCACCCCCACCACGCCCACCCGGCCGCCGCCGCCCUCCACCACGUGCCCCCUGCCGCCGCCGCCGCCUCUCUCUUCCUCGCCACCGCCGAGACGCUGGCAGCCGCCGCCGCUGCCUCCGCUGCCACGCCCAUCGAGCUGCUGCACGCCGCUAGGCAGCGACACCAUCACGGCCACGCCCCGUCGCCGCGCGGGAACGCCCACCACCAUCACCAUGCGCACGCCCAUGCGCAGCAUCAUCAUCGGUUGGGCGGGGCGACGGGGCAACAGGUGGUGCCGCCUCCGACGUCGGCGGCCUCGCGGAGAUGGCAUCACAGUCCGCCGCUCAUCGCCGCGCCCACGGGAUUUUUGCUGCAUUUUUUCACCAUGUUCUCCAACUCGCCAAUGUCGCCGUUCAGCCAAGCCAGCAGCGACUCCAACGAGACCACCGAGAACUACGAGGCUCUGCUGAACCUGGCCGAGCAGCUGGGCGAGGUCAUCCCUCGGGGGCUGUCGAAGCUCGAGAUCGAGCAGCUGGUCAGCUACAAGUACGACGAGCGCACGCACGAGGGCGAUCAGACGUCGUGUGUAGUGUGCAUGUGCGAUUUCGAGGCGAGACAGGCGAUCAGGGUGUUGCCCUGUGCGCACGAGUUCCACGCCAAGUGCAUCGACAAGUGGCUCAGGUCCAAUAGAACCUGCCCGAUAUGCAGGGGCAACGCAUCAGACUUCUUCACGAAUAAUGAAUAAUCCCGCCACAUCUCUGUAUUCACCCUAAAUAAUAAAAAAUCACCCCUUCCGUUCACGUAAUGCUUCGCGAGGAAUAGUACUUCGCGUGAGGUGCCAUCAGUUGCCAGUAAUAAUAGAAUAAAAUGUCACUCAUUCUCAUUUUCUUUUAGUAACUAUACUAAUGAUAGAAUUUUGUUUUAAGGUGGUCACGAAUUGAACAUUUACAGGUUGUCUGAAGAGAAACGCCGUAAGAUGUAACUGCGCCAAUUUUUAUCUGAUUUAUGAAAAUUGGUAAAUAAAUUCAAUUGUUUUUGACUACUAUAAUUAUUCUCAAGAUACCUAUAUUAGAAAAAUUUACACUGGAUGUUUCUUGAUUGGGACAGCCUAUACAGUGUGUCCCACUUACCAUGCUCACCAUGUGUAUCUUUUUAACGGUGAGAGAUACGAGGUCGGUUAAAUGACACCAAAUGUGGAGUUUGUCAAGGCCAACUAUAAUGUGAAAAAAUACUUAUAUAAAAUCUAUUCCUUUUUGUUUUAUACGCAAAAAACAGAUUUUGAUCAUUUUCAUGUCUCCUUCGUAACUUAUUUAUUAAUGAAAAUAUUCAAAUAGGAAUUUCACAUUCUCAUGGUAGUUUAGCAAAGUGAUUUCGAAAAAAAUAUGAAAUUUAUACCAACUAUUCUAGAAUUUGAGAUAUCAGCACCAACUUUAGUUUUUCAAAUGUAGGUCAUAGCUCACUAUGACUUAGUUACAAAUAACUGUUUUUCCUCUUUCAGAUGAUGUGUUGCAGUAAUAGUUUUGUGUUGAUAACAACGGAGUUAUCGUCAUUUAUACAAAAACAAAAAAUUAUUUGGAAGCCGCCAUCUUGAAUUUAUAAAUUUUAACAAGAAAAUCAUGAUCUCCGACCUCAAAAACCCCCACUCACCAAUUUUGAAUGGAAUCGGACCAAAUCUUGUCCGCCAUCUUGGAGCAGCCAUUUGUUUUUGAUUUCAACAAAAAAUCCAUAACUCCGAUUAACUUGAAAUCUUGAAUCUUGUCCUCCAUCAAUUGAAAAAAAUGGCUGCUCCAAGAUGGCGGACAAGAUUUGGUCCGAUUCCAUUCAAAAUUGGUAAGUGGGGGUUUUUGAGGUCGGAGAUCAAGAUUUUUUUUGUUAACAUUUAUAAAUUCAAGAUGGCGGCUUCCAAAUAAUUUUUGUUUUUGUAUAAAUGACGAUAACUCCGUUAUCAACACAAAACUAUUACUGCGACACAUCAUCUGGAAGAGAAAAAAAAGUUAUUUGUAACUAAGUCAUAGUGAGCUAUAACCUACAUUUGAAAAACUAAAGUUAGUGCUGAUAUCUCAAAUUCUAGAAGAGUUGGUAUAAAUUUCAUAUUUUAUUCCAAAAUCACUUUGAAAAACUGCCAUGAGAAUGUGAAAUUCCUAUUUGAAUAUUUUCAUAAAUAAAGAAGUUACGGAGGAGACUUGAAAAAAUCUGUUUUUUGCGUAUAAAACAAAAACGAAUAGAUUUUAUCAAAAUAUUUUUUCACAUUAUAGUUGGCCUUGACAAACUCCACAUUUGGUGUCAUUUAACCGACCUCGUAUCUCUCACUGUUAAAAAGAUACCCAUGGUGAGCAUGGUAAGUGGGACACACUGUAUAUUGAUAAACGUCUCUGUUACUACCAAAUCGUAGGUAGAGCUAGGAUUUUAAUUAUCGAUCUAUGAAAAAAAAUAUUUUUGCAGACGUAGGGUACGGCUUACCGUUAUUUUUUAGUGUUUUUAUAAGGAAUAUUGAUUAAUUAUUAUAAUUUCUAAAUUUAUUAAAUAUAAUCAUUUUUUGUUUCAGUAGAGAAAUUAAUUAUUGUGUCCCACUAAAUAAUCAAAGGUGUGAUAAGUGCUAUUAAAACUAUUGUUUUAAAAGUGCAUCCCAAAUUUAUUUAUAAAAGAAAUUAAACAUUUCCUUGGUGUUCAAUAUACAGGAUGUCCAGAAAUUACAUAGAAAGAUUUCAACCGCAUAUUCUAGGAACACAAAUAGUGAAAACAGUUUUUAUAAACAUGGGUUCAAAAAUGUUCCCCUGGGGAGUUAUAACCAUCUGAAAGAGAGCCCGUAAAUAUUUCCGAAACCCUUUGGGUUGAGCAGCGUACACAAAUAAACAAGUAGGUGCAAAGUUUGACAAUCCUUUGAUCUCUGAAAAUGACCACCAAUGACCUUCAACCACCUAAUAUGAAUUUUAAGGUGACGCCUCCGCUAUUAUUCUGUAGAUGUCGCUUCGUGAAAAGGUACUACAAGUGUAUUAGAUCAAGUGCUUCCUUGAUUCAGUUCAUGGGCGUGCCUAAUUUUUUUUGGAAUGGAGUUUGAAUUCUCACACGAAUUCAGAAUAGAUUUAAAAUUGGCACAGCAGAUGCUUUCUGAGUUCCCCAACAAUCAUUUCUGAUUCAAAAUGUAAUGGACAAUGAACAUACUCUAUAGUAAGAAUUAUAGAGCAUGGGUAGUCGACCUUCAUACUUACAUCUGUGAGCCCAUUCUUGGCACCUACAAAAACAUAAAAUAAUAUUCCUAUUCUCACAUCAUAGUUAAAAUAUAAAUCAUUUGAUAGUUUGAAAAAAAAACUUUCUAGAUUGAUCUCAAGGAUUUAGAGAUUGAAAAGUAUUCAUGCUGUACUUACCUUAUUAGAUCUUUAUCCAUUACACAGUUUCAAUACAAUUACCACAGCAAUUAGCAAAAAUCCAAACAACAAUCACAAAAUAAAUCACAGUACCAAUUAAACAAUCCAAUACUUCACAACCACAGAAACAAUGGGGAAGACCACUGAUUUUUUGAAACGACAUUAUCGUGAACUCUAUACUGAAAAACUACCAAUGAAUUAAUUUCGAUUUUUUUCAUUCAUGCUAAGACGAUGAAACAAAUAAAUUAGUAUGUAUCCAUUUCAAAACACACAAUUCCUGCGCCAUUUGAAAUUUCAUCAAUUCAUUGGUGUGACUGGUGCGACGUCUUAUUCCCAACACGCCUAUCGUCCUUUAACUGACCAAUCACACUGCAACACUGCAGAAUGACGAGGUAUCAGAGAGAGAUAGCUACAGUUCGGGACUAAUACGUCACGACUCCACUAUCAUAUUUGGCUGUUUGAAAUAUCGAAUGAAAUAUGUUGAUUUCAAAACGAUAUAAAUUCGAUUCCCUUCAGCUUCAACUCAUAAUAUUGAUUGUACAGGGUGGCCAACUAAGACUCCAGAGUUCGAUUUCUCUGUUGUCUUGAGAGAUACAAAAAAAAGUCAUGUAUCAAAAUUGAAUUAAUAAUCCAGCUCCACAUUCCAAAAUUUCUUUGAAAUAAACAGGGUGUUCCGUAAGGUCACAGCACAUCAAAGCUAUGUUUUUUUCAUUGGAAACCCCUAUAUUUUAUUUCAUUUUUGAAUUCUCCCUGAAAAUCUGAUUUCAACGACGUAUCAUACUUAGGGUCUAGCAGUGAAAGUUACUGACAUAUAGGGUGUGCAAAAUCGAGAUUUUUCAAGUUCAGGAUUUUUUUCUGUCGAAACUGUUCAUUAUCCGUCAAAACGGUUUACAUGUCCCUAUCUCAACUUUUCACUCACUAUCAAUUGGUGUUCAAUUGACAUUGAAUUGAAACAAAUUAUAAAUUUAGAUUUUUGACCACCUUGUAUAAAUUUCAAUUGAAAACCAAUUGAUAGUGAGUGAAAAGUUGAGAUAGGGACAUGUAAAGCGUUUUGACGAAUAAUGAACAGUUAAGACAGGAAAAAAUUCUGAACUUGGAAAAUCUCGAUUCUGCACACCCUAUAUGUCAGUAACUUUCACUGCUAGACCCUAAGUAUGAUGGGUCGUUGAAAUCAGAUCUUCAGGGAGAAUUCAAAAAUGAAAUAAAAUAUAGGGUGUUCCGAUGAAAAAAACAUAGCUUUGAUGUGCUGUGACCUUACGGAACACCCUGUGUAUUUCAAAGGAAUUUUGAAAUAUGGAGCUCAGUUAUUACUUCAAUUUUGAUCCAUGAAUUUUUUUUGUAUCUCUCAAGACAACAGAGAAAUCGAACUCUGGAGUCUUAGUUGGCCACCCUGUACAUGAAAUGUGAAUCAUGAUUCGUCGAUUGAAAGAGGUUUGCACGGAUUUCUUUCCUCAGUGGUCUUCCCCAUUACAUCUACACCACUGACUAAGCACGACGGAAAAUAAACACAUGAUUCAUAAAGCACAGAAAAUAGCUGUCAUAAAUUGAUUUCACAUAGUUGACAGAUUUACGCGGCCAUUGGACUAAGACUAAUUUGUCAUGAUCAUACCACCAAAUACAUGUUGACAUUGUCAUGAGACCAUAUGUUAUACUUAGUUUGAAAUAAAUCAAUAAUUUUAUAGAAUAUUCAAUAGUACUUAAUACAUCGUUAAACGUAUCUUUUGCUAAAAUGCCAUAAUCCAAGUACAAAAGCUACAUAUAAAUAAUCAGCUUGGCAACAUCCAGACCUUUUCAACGUCCGAGCGUGCUGGCAUCUAUCUAAAUUUUGUACAUGUAUAUUACUUUUCAUACCCGAUUCGGAAAUGUUGAGAAUUUUCCGAAAUUUUGAUCAGGAAAGACGUGGAAAAUAGGUGGGGCUAUAGGGGCCUAUCAUCCCCCAACUUUUUUUCAAUGCAAUUUUCGGCAGGUUGACCAGGAAAUAUGAAAAUAUCAUCAUUUUUACCUGAAAAUGAUAGAUUUGUUUAGUUCCGAUAGCACUCACCAUUUUCGACAUAAAUCGAUUCUAAAAGUUUGCUGCGUAAUAAAAAUAGCACUUUUUCUUAAUAGGGUACCUAUAUUUUCGAAAUCAUUCUUUUUUUCCUACGGCCACUAUAGAAAGUAGGCAAGAACACACGAGAUACAGCCUCAGUAAGUAGAUUUUUACGCACAGUAAGCACACCGCACAGUUUUCGUUUAUUCCGCCAGUCAUGAUCGCGUAAUCGUCGUCAACAGCGGAUGACAUAACUGUCAAGAAUUAUAAUUCACACUGUUUGUUCAAACUUUUUUGAUAUACUACAUGGCAGUAGGUAAAGUAUAGUACGCAAUGCGUGUUGUAAAGCAAUUACGCACUCAUGGAAUUUCCAUUCGUGCGUAAUAUGCUUCUUACAACACAUAUUACGUAAUAUACUAUUGUUCCUCUCAUAUUUUGAGUUAAACAUCACAAGUAGAUGAUGAAAAAAGGGUAUUUUCUAGCGAAAAAUAAUUUUUGGGAAAAUUUGCCAUUGAAACUGAACAAUUAAGAGUAUCAUUUUUAAGUAAAAAAUAUGAUAUUUCCAUAAUUCCUGGUCAAACUGCCGAAAAUUGCAUAGAAACAAAGGGGGAACAAAUACGCGUAGCCUCACCCAUUUUAAAAGCCCCUGAUCAAAAUUCCGGAAAAUGCUUAACCUUUCAAAAUUGGGCAUUAAAAGUAAUACAGGGUGUUACAUAAUUCAAUACAAAUAUUUUAAUGACAUAUUCCUGGGGUCAAAAUAGGACUUUUUUUUCCUAUAAACAUGUGUCCUAAAAUCCACCCCCUCCAAGCUAAAGACAUCGCAAGAUGCGCAAAAAAAAUCUUAAAUUUUGAAUUGUGGCUACAAUUAUGCAUCAAAUAUUUUGAAAAUUCACAGGCACUUGUAUUUUUAGACGAUCUAUUCAUAUCUUGAUUCAAAAAUAAGGUAACUCGAAUCGAAAGGGGUGAAUGAGGGUUGCAUACAGAUUUGAUGGCAAACAUUUUCUAUUUCCUCCAAAAAAAUUUGAAUUCAAACAUCAUCGUUGAAUUGGCCACUAAAAAAUCAUACAUUUCAUUAUCUUGCAUUUUCUUUAAUUAGCUAAUCGUUUUAGAGAAAAUCGCUAGUAAAUGAAAGGGGUGUAUUUUCAAAUUAUUAUACUAAUAAAAACUUAGUGAGCUAUGAUUAUGUUUGUCUCUGGUAACUAAUGAUUGAUUAAUAUCUUUUAUGCCAAACUGACAUUGUGGUAUGUCAUAACCGUCAUGUCACAAUCGAUUCACUUUCCUCAACUUACCAUUACACGCGAUGUCUGUAGCUUGGAGGGGGUGGAUUUUAGGACACAUGUUUAUAGGAACAAAAAAUCUUAUUUUGACCCCAGGAAUAUGUCAUUAAAAUAUUUGUAUUGAAUUAUGUAACACCCUGUAUAAAUGUACAAAAUUUCGUUAUCUCAACACAAUGGACUUUGGAAAUAUUUACAAAAAAUCAUCAUCUCCGACCCUCUUUCAGAUGGCUCCAACUCCCUAGGAGAGCAUUUCUGAGCUCAUUUUCAUAUGAACUUUUUUUACUAUUUCUGUUCCUAGAAUCCGUGGUUGAAAUCUCUCUGUGUAAUUUCGGGUCACCCUGUAUAUAUUUUUUUCACACAUAUCUACCAUUCUUGGGAGGAAGUGUUAGCAGCAUGUUUUUCACUCAGGUUUAUUAGAUUAAGUGUCGGUAGAAUUAAUUAUAAAUUUGAUUGUCAUGGUAGAUGGGACUCGCUUUCAGCGAAUCUGAAAUAAUAUGGUCUGAAUUAGAGGGUGUCAUUUAAAUUUCGGUCUUGUGUAGGUAUAUAAACUUGACACCCUGUACGUUCUGCCAUCGACUGUGCUGCUUCAAAUCACAUUCUCACCUAGAGUUGAACUGAACUAUUGCCCAUUCAUCCAUACAGUGUUUGACAAGAAAUAAGCCGAAGAAAUGGGAUAUUCUUUAUCCUUGAUCUUCGCACUGCAGCUUUAAUUUUUUUUAUUUUCCGAAUAUUAUUUUCUGAAUGGUUUUGAGUUCUCCAUGUCACAGUCUCAUUCGGUCGGAAUUUGCCACGUAUAACUAUACUGACGUCGAACUUUUUCAAGAUGACAAAGCACAUCUUGAAAGAACAAAAAUUGCCUGGCUAUAAACGAUUUAUUGAUCUCCUAAUAAAUAGAAAGGUUGCGAGGGGUGAACCGCGAUGGAAUUCUGGUGUACAAACAACUGAAAUUAUUUGGGGUUUCUUGGAAUUCCCUAGAUUUCCUUGGAUUUUCUUGGUACGGUAUGGAUAAUAUUUCCUUCAUACAGUUAAUAGAAGUUAUACUUUUUCAACUUCAAUUUCGGAAUCGGUGAGUUAUAUUUCGAAAGAAGUAAUCUCGAUUUCAAAAUUGGUCAGUUAGAUUUCAGAAAUGGUUAACUCAAUUUCAGAAUCGGUAAGAUGAAUUCCAUAGUCCAUUCAUUUUCAGAAAUGGUAAGUUGUAUUUCAGAAUUAGUAGGUAAAAUUUCAGAAAAGAAAACCUUAUAUUUGUUCGAAAUGUUUUCAAUUGCUUGUGAAAUUAAUAAACUAUAUUUACAAUAUUUAACUUUUCGAAAACAAUUCAAUAACAUAAUUAUUAUAAUCUCAAUUUAAUCCAGAUAUGUCUUCUAUCCGAAUCGCAGAUGGAUAGUGGCGUUGCACAUGAUUAUAAGAAUGCAAACACAUUUGAGGUGUUAUCAUUCUCAUUGAAUGAUCUGCACAUUCUUCAAGACAUCGCAGUCUGAAUUCUAUCUGGUUGAGCAAUCUGUUUGGAUCCCCAGCUAUGACCCUUUGGCGAUGCUCUUGCAAAAAGCUCUUCAUUUCUGACUUGAAGGCACUCCAUAUAUGUUCAAUCUGGUUCAACAUACGACUGCAAAAUAUAACAUUCUGAAAUUCUUCUUCCAUGCAUAUCUCUUCUAUUCUUGAAUGUGCAGGUGCAUUAUCCAGAACUACCACUAUGGUAUCUGCAGGAUGUCCAUUUCAAACGCACGCUCUCAAACACCGUUUCAUCCAUUGUAAACAAUCUUCUCUCUUGCAAUUAAAAACAUUUCAAACGAUUAUAAGGAUUUUUUUCUGAAAUUGAACCUACCAAUUCUGAAAUACAACUUACCAUUUCUGAAAUUGAAUGGACUUUUUCUGAAAUUCAUCUCACCGAUUCUGAAAUUGAGCUUAGGUACCAUUUCUGAAAUCGAGAUUACUUUUUCCGGAAUAUAACUUACCGAUUCCGAAAUUGAAGUUGAAUAGGUAUAGUUUCAUUAAUUCACGUGAAGCGUGGCAACAUCGCUUUUUAUAUUGCUUCUCAUAGUUAGACAGCGCCGAGCGCAGUUGCCGAGUUACCUACGGAUAUUUUCCGAUUGUUUGUUCACAUAGUACGAGGUUAGGUCCCGCGGACAAUAAGUACUCAUAAAAAUCAUUGAUACACAUUAUGAAAUUCAUUCAAGGGAUAAAAAUGUGCUCCGUUCAAUUGUCGGCUAGUGAUUACUACUUGAGAUAUUUUGAAUCAUAACACUCGCGUCCAAACAGCCCAAUUAUAAUUUGCUGAGUUUUGAUGAGAUUGGCAAUAUAAACAAUAUUAACUAAUGACGUCAUCAAGAUCGGUGGGAUAUAUCAAAUAUUUUCAGGUGUUUUCUUUGUCAAACAUUUUAUGUCAUGGUUGGAGAGUACAGAUAUGGAUUAUUGACUUUUUUAUUUACAAAAUUAGUGUCUUUUAAUAGGGCCAAACAUUGUACCGGUUUUCUGUGCUGGCCAUUAUUUGAUGUAUGAGUAGAAAUCAUGAAAAAACGUGUGAAUUUGGAUAUAAUUUGUACAACAAUGAGUUGACGUAACAUACUUGUAUUUUUUCAAGUCAAUUUUGGGUUGGGAGAAGUAUAAAAUGAAAGAACAUCCGAAAUGAAUGCAAUAUAUUCAGCAUUACUAAAACUAGAAAGCUCUGGGAUUUAUAUUUUGAAACAGCCGAACCUGAUCGUUUGAUGUCGGCGAAGUCAGAAGUACCGAGAGUAUCAAUGAGGUUUGCAAUGUUGCAGGAAAUAAUGCAUUAUAAUGACAGCGUUUUUUAUUUCAUUUUCAUACACAUUUUUCUCGGUAUCAUUUACACCUAGUGAACGAAAAAAUUCAAAGUAGGUUACAACUGUUUGAUUCUAAUUUUUGCUCUUUCAAAACGUUCAUAGAUUAUAAAACGUUGAAAGGCAUAUCGAAAAUUUGAUUACACAAGGUGUUGUCCUAAUGACACAACAAUUUAUAGAAUGUUUGUUGAUCCAAAGAAAAAUUUGAUUGUAGAAAAAUAUCUCUGAUGGGUAUUCAUUAUUGUUGAGGUCAACAGUUGACAUUAUUUUGGAUAUUACGCUAGAAGUUGUAUUCGUUAUUUGUUGUACAAAUUAUUUCUACCAAAAUCAAAUGUCCGUCCUGUCAGACUAGGGUUUUUGCAAUAUUCUGUUUUUGUUGUUAUCUGUUGGGUUGAAAUAAUUGUCGUUGUUUGAAGUGCAAAUAUUUUGUGUUCUGUAAGAAUUAGGAAAAUUUUUGGAAAGCUUGUUUGUACUACAAUUAUCAGGAAUGCACAUCUUUUUGCUGUUGAAGCAAAGUUUCUGUGUCGGUUGUUCGGUUGUUGCCUAUAUUAUAAUAACCACGCCUUUGCCCCUAUUACCUUUUUCUAGCUCUAAAGAAGUUUAAGAAAAAAUAAGUUGUCGUCAGUAUGUAUCUACCUCGAAUCUGUAUGAAAAAAAAUUUUCACACCACUAUACAAGGUGAUUUAUAUAUGAAUGCCAAAAAUUGUUGUUGUGAGUCAGAUCACCCUGUAAAAUUUCAUUCGUUACCUAACAAGAUUUCGAUUCCAUAGUCGUUUCGAUUCGAAAUUUCAGAAAUAUGUUAUAACUUGUUUAUCUUUUUGGUGUGAAAAUUUAAUCAUAAAUAUACAGGGGGUGUUCUCCUAGGUGAGGCGAUUUUUUAGAGAGUACUUCUUCCUCUUUAAAAAAUGCCUCACUUUCCAAAGCAUUUCGGGGUUUUUCUUCUCCUUUUGAUAUACAGGGUAUGUCAUGACGAGAUUACACUAUCUUUAUAUCGAGAAGCAGUCGAAAGAAAUCCAUGAAAAUGUGCAUGCUGUUAUUUUAGAAUACGCUCUCUUCAUUUAAAAUAUAUUCGACAAUGCAGUGUUGCCGCUUCUACUAGAAAGUAGUAGCAAUAUUGAUAUUUCAAAUGAAACACCCUGUAUUUUAUCACAUUUUCAUAUUCUCCCUGAAGAGCUGAUUUUAUCGAUACAUCAAAUAUUCAUUAUCGGUCAAAACGGCUCACAUGUCCCUAUCUCAACUUUUGAUUCACUAUAUAUACUGAUAUUUAAUCGGAACAGAUACAGGGUGAUUCAAAAUUCAGAAUUCUGAUCACCCUGUAUCUGUUCCGAUUAAAAUAAAUAUCAGUGAAUAGUGAAUCAAAAUGUGAGAUAGGGACAUGUAUUUUUAUCAUUAUUAUUAUUCUUAAAGUUGAAUAAUCUCGAUUUUGAACACCCUAUAUCACUGUAAUCAUUCCCGAUAGACCCCAAGUGUGAUACAUCGAUGAAUUCAGCUCUUCAAGGAUAAUCUAAAAAUCCAAUGAAAUACAGGGCACUCUAUUUUGAAAUAACAAAGUUGUUGCUACUUUUUGAUAGAAGCGGCAACACUGCAUUGCUGAAAUUAUUUUAAAUGGAGAGAGCGUAUUGUAAAAUAUGACCAUGCAUAUUUUCAUGUAUUUCUCGCGACUGAUUCUCGAUAUAAAGAUAGUGUAAGCUCGUCGUGACUUAGCCUGUAUAAUUCUGAUGGUUUGAUGAUCUUUGGCAGUUGUAUAAAUUCCAUUAAAAUUCUGGUAUCAUGUGAUUGUGAACGUUGUUGUUUCUCCAGGUUUGUAUAGAUUAGGAAAAUUUGAUGAACCAGCACACAAAACUUGCAAUUUUAGAGUUCAAAUCAAAAGGUUAUGAAACCUAUAUAUAUUCGACCAUGCCUUUUUAAUAAAACUAAUUGUCUUAGUGAGAUUAUUCGAAUCAGUUCAUGGUGUUAACGUCCUAUGAGUAAUUAAUUUCAUGUUUUCGAGGAUGGCUUGAUGCUUCGUAGUUUCAAUGUAUGGUUUUGAUAUACUGACGUGUAUAAAAAAAUCGUUCAUAUCUUAUAUGAUUCUCUACUAAUUUUUAAUUUCACGGUUGAUUUACCUUAAAAUGUACAUAUCUGUAUUGUUGAAUGGCCAAUAAAAAAUGAAAUACACUUGAA